CUCCAACGCCGAGCGUAACGUGCGACGUGCUGGCGGCGGUGGUUGCCUGUGUGGCUCCCCGGGGGAGUGCAACGGCCUGAGCGGGCGGAUUUUGCGGUGCUUACGUGGCUGUCCAUAUAUCCCCAUGUGCCAUCCUGUGGUUGGGCCACCCCUUGCAAUGUCAUAGAAUUGCUCCUGUGCUUGUAGUUGUUGAUUCUCACCUGCAUCAUGAAAUUCAGAGACCAGGUGAGCACAUUAUCCGAGUGGUUCAAGGGCUGGAACGAAUGUGAGCAGACAGUGGCUCUUCUGUCUCUGCUGAAGAGGAUCACGAGGACACAGGCCCGUUUCCUGCAACUGUGUUUGGAGCACUCGCUGUCGGAUUGCUCUGAGAUACACAUCCUAGAGACAGAGGCCAACAGUGCGGCUCUGAUAAGUCAAUGGCAUCAAGAGUCCAAGGAGAAGGUGAUCUCUCUGCUUUUGUCUCACCUGCCCCUGCUGCAGCCCCGGAAUACCGAAGCAAAAUGCGAGUACAUGAAACUGCUGCAGAAAGUGCUGGCAUACACCACAGAGAGCAACCAGUACAUAGAGGAGAGCCGGCAACUUUUGUCCUAUGCACUAAUCCACCCAGCCACCUCGCUGGAUGACCGCAACUCUCUGGCACUGUGGCUCAAUCAUCUGGAAGAACGACUUUCCACAGGUUACAGCCGACAUGGCAGAUCAGAUAUAUCUGCUACGCACUUACGGCAAGGCUCUGACGAGUGGCAGGCCGCAGGAGAGCCUGGCAUGGGAGAUUCUGGACAUAGUUGGCAAGAAAAGCCGCCCAGAGAAAAUGGAUUGAUGCCCUUUCAUUCAUCCAGCUCACUUCCCUCUGCUAUCCAGAGUGUCGGCAGUAGUACAGGGCUUUCCUGCCAAAUGCACCCCAGCCCCCUAAAGCGCUCUAUGUCCCUGAUUCCCACUUCCCAGCAGACGUCCAGUGACUGGAUGGGGGCGGAUGAGGUUUCUGGCCGUUCUGUCUUCCUCACCCCAGACCAUGCUCCCCUCUCCCCUCAGAGCAGUGUGGCCUCAUCGGGCAGUGAACAGACAGAGGAGAUCUACUCUGGACGCAACUCCUUCCAGGAAGACGGCAGUGGAAUGAAAGAUGUGCCGACCUGGCUGAAGAGUUUACGCCUACACAAAUAUGCAUCGCUCUUCUCACAAAUGACCUAUGAGGAAAUGAUGAUCUUGACGGAGCAGCAUCUGGAGUCGCAGAACGUUACCAAAGGUGCAAGACAUAAAAUAGCUUUAAGUAUCCAGAAACUAAGGGAAAGACAGAGUUUGCUCCGUGCACUGGAGAAGGACAUCUUGGAGGGAGGGAAUGUACGCAAUGCGCUUCAAGAGCUUCAGCAGAUCAUUAUUACACCCAUCAAGUACUAUAGGCCCAAUCAGACAGAGACUGUGAACAGCGAACAGUCUUCCCAGCAUAGACCUGUUCAUGAUUCAGCCAACAAAAGCCCAGAUGAGAACGAGCCACCCACUGGACUGACAGCUGAUGGAUUUCAACAGCAGAGUGAUCUAAGGUGUGACUUGGAAACAUCUGUGCCACCCAUAGCAGAUGGGGACAUACCAGGACAACUGACAAGAGUGCUGGGCAAAGUGUGCACACAGCUGCUUGUUUCCCGGCCAGAUGAGGAGAAUAUCACUUGCUAUCUACAACUGUUGGAGAAGUGUCUGACACAUGAGGCAUUUACUGAAACACAGAAGAAGAGAGUACUCUCCUGGAAGCAGCAGGUUUUAAAACUGCUCCGGACAUUUCCUCGCAAGGCGUUACUGGAAAUGCAGGGGUACAGGCAACAGAAGGGGUGCAGCUGGGCAUUUGCAUCAAACUCUCUCCCCAUAGCUGGAUCUGUGGGUGCCUCUGUAACACGAAGGGGUCAGCGCCCAUUUCAGAUGCCUCCUAGGGCUGUGCCACCUUCUCGGAUUGGCGUAAUGAGUCCUGGAUCAAUUGGGGGUGUCUCUCCUCGUCAUUCACUUACCAGCCCGAGCACUGGGAGCCAGGGGCGGCAGAAUCUCUGGUUUGCCAAUCCAGGGGGUAGUAAUAGUAUGCCAUGUCAAAGUCACAGCUCGGUGCAACGUACCCAUUCACUGCCUGUACACACUUCUCCGCAGAGCAUUCUCAAGUUUCCUCCUGACUGCCAGGUUCCUGGGGCUGACUUGGAGAUUAAUCCCCGGCUGGAGUCCUUGUGCCUGAGUAUGACAGAGCAUGCAUUGGAGGAGGGAACAGACAAAACAUCGACCAUUUGACGUGUGCUUGGUAAACACUUCCCCCCCGAGGGGCACCAUUUUGUAUCCCUUCCCGUGACCUUGGCAAGGGAAGUGACAACGCCUUUUCCUCCGCCAGUUCCCCCCUAGGCCGUCACUACAUCAUCCACCCACUGCGUUCUAAUACUCGUUUCAGCUAUCAUAACUUUUUAACUUUUGGUUUAAUAUCCAAAUACACACAGCACUGCUAAGAGUUCAUAUUGAGGAAGGAGCUUUUUUUUUCUUUUUUUUUCUCUUGUUUACCCGAAAACCAAGACAUGUAACACUGGGUGAGCUUAGUGAAGAGUCUGUGCUGGUGCACACCGCUUUACCCACCAUGCACUUGGAAGGGUUACAGAGGCACAGAGCCCUGGUGGAGGUGAGCAGGAAGGAGCAAGCUCCUCUAGGACGUGCAAAAGCUGGACAGGCAAGGUGUGCCAUUUCAUUGUGGAGCCAGGCGCUCCAGAGAAGGAACCUCUGUCGGGCAAACACACUAAGCUAAGGAACAGCAAUUGUUCCCACUACAAGGACUGGCAUCUGUCAGACAGGACACUGCCCUGUGCAGUCACCAGCCCACCGAUGAACAGAGGAGGGACGGCACAGCAUAGACCUUGAUAAAGUGUAGUAGCGCUAAUAUGCAUGCUUGAGAGAAAAUACAUUUAUCUAUGAAGGUACCCAGAAGCCAGGGGUGUACUGUCUUUUCUCUUUGGAACUUUUGUACACAAGGGUUUUUCUUUUUUUACUUCUUACACGGGAGACCUAGCUUAUGUUGGGUGUGUGGACAACUAAGAAAGCUGAAAGAAAAUUACCCCUUUCUCCUCAGGUUGUCCUGCCUAGGAGAUGGCAUCUAUAUUCGUGGCUUUCUUCUUUGUGCCAAUUAUUUUGGAGAUCUUUUUGUGAUCCACCUGUUCUGGCAGAAAGGAAGUGAAGGAAAGUUUUUUUUUUCCUGUGCUUCUGUCAGUCUACUGCCCAACAUGGUACAUCCUCCUCUGGCUCUUGCUUGCACAAUACCAGGGUUCGUAGGCCUUGUAUAAACGUACCCGGUGUUGUGUGUGUGUGUGUGUGUGUGUGUGUUUUUUAUUAUUAUUUCCUCCACUUUCUUUACCUAGCAAUGAAGAAGCCAGUAAGAUAAACUGAGGCCACAGCAUCGGUCCUUGCCAAGUCCAGGAUCGGGCAAGAAUCAAAUGUUUCACUGGCCAGUUUUGUUGGUUGGCUAAGUGCACUUCAUCAGCCCUGGUGGCUGGAGAGCAUUUAGCAGACAUUGGGAACAUUGGAUGGUUACCUAAGCAGAACAAGGUCUCUCACAUAAUCCUGAUCUGUAUGUUUUAGUUCAGGCUAGGUGCAUCUCUGCUUUGGUGGAAGGAUGUUGCUCUGUUAUAUGGGCAAUGGCCACUGGUGGAAUGUGGACUUGCAGCCUCGUUUUCAAUAAACCUGCAGUUGAGUUUCUGUAGAUGACGACAUUUAUCUGUUCCUGUCGCAUUAACUGGACGUUAUUUUUGUGAUAUGCAUGUUACUUUGUAUUGAUAUUACUGAACAGAGCUAACUGGACUUCACAGAUGGCUGUGGUGUAGACAGGCACUUGGUUUUGGUGCAGACCAUCUGUCACUAGGACCAUUGACUUGUUUUUGGCAGUGAUGCCACGCUGAUGUCUGCACUACAUUAGCACAACCGAUGAUGUUCACUAAACUCUUAUCGGCUAGCCAGCAGUGUUCACCAAGCUGAAUAUGCAUUGAAAAGACCUGUGUGUAAAGGGGAAGAUUGUGUCUAGGGAUUCUGAAUGCAAAGGGAUGCAGCACCACUGCUGUAGCAACUGCCCCAGAAGUAGUAUGCAGGCUGGGAGUUGUAGUGCCAGCUGCCAUCAAAGGCUUCUCUAAAUAGUAUUGAUGUAGCUUGACAGAUUCUUCUCUCUGCAUCCAGGUUGUAUCCAAGCUUUGAACAUUCAAAUAUACCUUGCAGCAUGGAUAUAUAUAAAAAAAUAACUAUUUCCAACUCUUUUCUUUGCAACUCUUCUGUGACUGUCAUCCUCUUCCUAGCUUAAUUUCUUAAAGUUAACUUGCACAUAUUAAGGCCUGUGUGGAUAGGCUUUUGUUCACUUCAAAUGCUUUCUCAUACACGCCUAUAUAGGAUGACAAAACCUGCUUGAAGCAGAUCAAAUGCAGGCCAGCUGCACCUGUCAGUGAAUUCUGAAUGAUCUCAGAAGCAUCUCUAGCAGAUUCCAUUAACGCAGGCCUUUACAACCUCAUUGUGCACUCUCAUUUAUAUCUGGCAACAACUAUAAUACAAGGCCCUGAACAAUUGGAUAUGGAUUGCUUAUUUGUUCUCAUUGCAUACAUUUUGGUAAAUUUAAAGGAGACGGCAUGAUCUGAUAUGUAUGGUUAUCCUUAAUAUGUCACAGGCCCAUAACAAGCAUGCAGCAGUGAAGUUUAGUGCUUCCAACCUGCAUACUUUUCCCGAUCUAUGGCUAAUUCAGUUCUGAAGCAUGGAUUAGGAUGAGAGUCCCUGAGCUUGUACUUUUAAAUGAACACGUGGACUCAUAUUGCUAUUCUUACAGUUCUUAUUUAAUGCCAAAUACACACAAGCACAAUACACCCAGCACUUGUGUUCCAUGACUUGACCUGUCCUGGUUAUGUAAUGUCUUUCCCAGACAGAGAGGGGUAGAGGACCUGGGUUGAAUUGGCUUUUCUGUUGCUGCCCAGAGUGUUCUCUGAAUGCUCAGUUAGGUGAUCUUCGAUAGGUACUCCUGUGGAUUUUGCAGUUUGGCCAAGUAAAGCUUUUAGGACCAGACAUUGAGGAGUGUUCAGUGAAUGUUAGAAAUGGUCUGAGGGCUGCGUUUUGAUGGCUUUGUGGAGCUUGUUUUGUAGAUUAGUAGCUUCAACUACUGAAUUCUGGUAUUCUGUUUGAGGAACUUUUUUUGUGUGUUUUUUUUUUUAUUUAAAUUGUCGGAUGCAAGUUCAUUGACCACUGCAAAAAGGACAGUGGUUGUGGAUGGUGAGGACCUGCAAGGAAGGGUGCCAGGUGAUAGUGGGUUUUCAUCUUUUCUUAGAGAUCCCCUUAGGGUAUGGUAGAACAUACAAUUUUAUCUACACGAACAUGAAAUUAAUAGAGUUUAUGGUUGGUCAGCUCUAUAUAAACUAGAUAACCGCCUCCUCUUAUCUAAUGUGCUUCACAACCCAUGUAUGUAAUCCUUGCUUUUGGCUCUGUUUGGCCGUCACCUGCCUCCUCUGUCAACGAUGGACUUGGAACUGCCCCUGUACCCACACGCAGCGCGUAAAGGUCAGGAGCUGGGCAAAGCCUGCCAAGACCGCCUUGUGGCCACCUUCUCCAAAGUAUUUUCAGAAUAGCGCUAACUAUUUAUUUCUAACAUAGAAACACAGCUCCUUUUCUGAUAGAAAACAAAAUUGUUAUUUUAGAUACAUUUUAUUAUGAAUAACUUUUGUUAUGACUAUGGCUGGUAACCAUGAGUACAAAAUUAUUAAAAGAAAAUAUAAAAAUAACUGUG